AUGGUGAUCAGUUCAAUAGAGAGCAGCAGAGAGCAACAUCCUGCAGAGCAGAAGGAGACCCGCGGCGCCGCGGGCCAUGCCGCCACCGCCAGGGGCUACUGCGGACGUGUCGAGACCGAGCUCUCCAACAUCUGCACGGGGAUCCUGCGCCUCCUUGACAAGCGCCUCGUCCCCGCCGCCGCCACCGUCGACGCCAAGAUCUUCUACCUCAAGAUAAAGGGCGACUACCACUGCUACCUCGCGGAGUUCAAGACCGGCGCCGAGCGCAAGGACGCCGCCGACUCCACCCUCGCCGCCUACCAGGCCGCCCAGGUCCCGUCCUCCUCUCUCUUCCACCAACUCUCGUCUCGUCGUCUCUUUCUUUUUUUUUUUGUUCCUUUCGUUACUGAUUUAACUCGAAAUGGCUGGAUUGGAUCUCGGGUGGUUUUCUUCUGCCUUUCCUCGAGGAGGUGUUCGAGCACAGGCUGGGGAGCAUGGGGAGGUGGUGCGGCGGCCAGAUCAGAUCGAGAACGUGAGGACGGGAGAGGGGAAGGAAGAGAUGGCGGCGCUUACCGGUGAGAAGGUGCGGGGAGGGUUGCCGCUGGACGGGAGAUGGUCGCCGUCGGGCUGCGCGCAGCCACCUCGCGCCGCCUCCUCGUCAGUCGUCACCUCGCGCGCCGCCAGUGUUGCGCGUCACCUCGCUUCGGCCUCGCGACGUCCGCAUGGAGCGGAUCCGGAGGGGAGAAGAGAAGACGGGGCUUCGUUCCGGACCUGAGAGGGUUCCGGACCUGUUUCCAUUCUGGGCGGCUCCAAUCCGUCUGGAAUAGGCCUCGUUCCGGGCUGUUCCGGCUGCAACCGAAUGAGGCCUUAGGCUGAUGUGCGAGGCAAGCUGUGCCGUGGCAUCGACGCGCGAACGGUCGCCACCACUCUUGCUCUAGCAGAGCAGCACCUCUGCGCGCACCUCAAAGAUGUUUGCCUCGCGUAUGUUGCCUCACGGGAUGUGCUUGGUUCAUGAAAUGUGAUGGAUUCAAGCAUCUCGCCGCGAGUUGCCCUUUGGUUUUGGUGGAGAUUCUGGACAAGAUCGUCAGAGGCAAGAGGCUGUAGUGUACUAGUGUUUGUUAAGUUUGUGAG